CACCGCAACAUUUUAUUCUCAUCCACUUCCAAUUUCUGCAUCCUCUUCAAUUUCUACGUUGUAUCCCUAAACUUUUCCAAACUAGAAUUUCUAAAUUCCUUCAAUGGCGCCAAAGGGAGAGAAGAAACCAGUUGAGAAGAAACCUGUGGAGGAGAAGAAGUCCACAGUAGCAGAGAAAGCUCCGGCCGAGAAGAAGCCAAAGGCCGGAAAGAAGCUGCCUAAGGAUGGCGGUGCCGCUGCCGGAGACAAGAAGAAGAAGAGAAACAAGAAGAGCGUGGAGACAUACAAGAUCUACAUCUUCAAAGUUCUGAAGCAAGUUCACCCUGACAUUGGUAUCUCAAGCAAGGCCAUGGGUAUCAUGAACAGUUUCAUCAACGACAUCUUCGAGAAGCUUGCUGCUGAAUCUUCAAGACUUGCAAGAUACAACAAGAAGCCAACAAUCACUUCAAGGGAAAUUCAGACUGCAGUUAGACUUGUUCUCCCUGGAGAAUUGGCCAAGCAUGCUGUCUCUGAAGGAACAAAAGCCGUGACCAAGUUUACCAGUGCUUAAACUGUACCAUUUGUAGUGUUGUUUCAGAAGUGGUUCUUGUUAAUGUUUAUCUCUCUUGGUAUCAAUUAAAUCCGAAUUAUUCUGUAAUUUUCUUUUAAAUAUUAAAAUAAUAUCUUGUCUAUGAAUAA